AUGGCGGAAGAAGAAAGAGAGAAGGAGAAGGAGAGGGAGCUGAGUAAGAAAGAGGAGAUGGCACCAUGGGAGCAACACUCUACAGUAAUCAGCAUCCCUCGCUUCGACUACAACGCCCCUUCUUCUCUUCUCCAACACUCCCACUCUGGCUUCCUCAUCACCUGCCCCAUUAAGAGGGAAAAGAGCGCCACAAAAGAAGCAAUCUCCCUCCUUGCAAAGUAUGUUCAGUGCUUUAAUAGAUGCAGUUCAGAAGAAGAAGCCGUUUCUAAAAGAAGGAAGCUUUCCAAAGAGAAUACAGAUGGCGAGGAGGCUACUGCUAACUCUGGGGACGCGCAUGAUGAUGUUCAAGAGGGUCCUCCUCUGCCUCCUGCGAAGGUGGAUGCGGAAGGAGACACAAGCCCUCUUCUUUCGCUGGUUAAGCUUACAAAGAGUGGUUUGCUUCUCUUUACCUUCCCCAAAAACACUUCUCCUGACGUUGUUGAUACUGUAUCCAAAAUUAUGCAUUCUGUGGAAUCUGGGAGUUGUGGUUCACCCCUUUGGUGUCAUCGUAUUUUCCCUAUCCAAGCUACUUGUAGUUUGAAUGAGGAGGAACUGCAUGAAGUUGUAUCAAAGCUUGUUCUUCAAUUUUUGAACAAUAAUCAGAAACUUGCACGGCCCAUAAAGUUUGCAGUUGGGUAUAACAGAAGAGGGGUAGAAACAGAACUGAAUACUUCCAAAGAAGCUUCAAAUGCGGUUGUUUUGUUGGACCGUGACAAAUGCUUUGAAAUAGUGGCUUCUGCAGUCACAGGUGUUGUAUCAGAUUCCGUGGUGGACCUCAAAUCUCCAGAGCUUGCUGUCCUAAUUGAGCUACUACCCCUCUCUGGUGUACCCAAAGAUUCCUUAGUGGUUGCUGUUUCAGUUCUUCCUCAAAACGUCGUAAGCGUGAAGCCACGACUAUGCAUCAAGGCACUGGUUUCUGAUACCAAAACAAAGGGCAAAAAGAAUUAA